GACGGUCUGACUUAGCUCAAUCUCGGUGGGUCCUGAGAAGAGCACUCAGCACGAAGUGGGCGCCCAUGAAAGACGCUCAGAUUGCUUGAGAAGACCACGCAUAGAAGAAGGUUGUGAUUCCGGUUGAUGCUCUUGGUCCGCUGGCGAUGCGACAAUUCGUUCAGUAACACGCAGCUUGUGGCGGACGCUUACAUUGAGCGAGUGGAUCAGCGCACAGCAUGCUGAUUGGCAUGAGGCCUACUGCAGACUCUGACUGAAUAGUCGUGUCCUACUUCUGCUGGCUUUCGCCAUUAUAAAGUUUGCCACCCGUGAGAUGGCGGCCGCUCGUUCUCUGUACAUUCCUAUCAGAAACUCUGAGGAGCAGGUGGAGGUGGAGCUGGACAACCUGCCCGAGGAUGACAACGACAUUCUGGAGAUUCUCAAGGCGGAGCAGGCGCCGCUCGACCUUUGGCUCGCAAUCGCAAGAGAGUACUACAAGCAGGGGAAGGCGGCCCAGUGCGUCCACAUCCUUGAAGAAGGCUCCACAGAUGUGGUGGACGAGUACUACCACGAGGUGAUCCACGAGCGGAUUGCCAUCCUGAACGCGCUCGCAGCCUACUACACGACGCAGGCCAAGAUCUCGCAAAAGAACGAAAUCCGCAAGGACUUUUACCAGCGCGCCACGGAGCUGUAUAAUAAGGCCACCAGGAUCAACCAGUCCGAGGUUACGACGUGGAUUGGCAAGGGCCAGAUGCUGUUGUCCACCGGGGAGCUGGAGCAGUCGCUAGUGAGCUUCAAGAACGCGCUGGUUAUGCAGAGCGACUGCGUGCCCGCUCUCUUGGGAAUGGCAGCUGUGAAGUUCAACCAGCAGAAGUACAAGGAAGCGCUGUCGCACUACAAGCGAGCGAUGGUGCUGCAUCCGCAGGGCCCCCCCGUGCUGCGGCUGGGCCUCGGCGCGUGCCACUUCAUGCUCAACAACAUGGACAAGGCGCGCCAGGCCUUCAACCGCGUCCUGCAGCUGGACCCCGAGAACGUCGACGCGCUCGUCGCGCUCGCCAUGAUUGACCUCAACUCGGGGGACGAGCUGCAGAUCCAGGCGGGCAUGCGCCUGAUGAUGGCCGCCUUCCAGACGUACCCCCACUCGUCGAUGGCGCUGAACCACCUGGCGAACCACUACUUCUUCACGGGGCAGCACCACCUGGUCGACCAGCUGAUGGAGUGGGCCAUCAUGAGCAGCGACGUGGCGCAGCUCAAGAGCGAGAGCUUCUACAACGUCGCGCGCUCGUACCACUACAAGGGCGAGUGGGACCGCGCGCAGGCGCUGUACCGCGCGAGCAUGAAGGCGGCCGCGGAGGACUACGUGCAGCCGUACUACGGUCAUGCCCAGAUCUGCAUGCACCGGCAGGACUACGCGGCCGCGAAGGUCGACUUCGAGAAGGUGUUGUUGGUGUACCCCGAGAACCCGGACGCGCUCAAGGCGCUGGGCAGCAUCUACCAGCUAGAGGGCGACACCGCGCGUGCGCUCACCAACUUCAAGCGGGUCACCGAGAUCAACCCGAAAGACAUUCAGGCGUGGGUGGAGCUGGGCGAGCUGCUUCUGGCGUCCGACUUCAGCGGCGCGCUGCGCGCCUUCACGACCGCCGUCGCGCUCAUGAACAAGCGCGACGACCCCAUUCCCCCCGCGCUUCUCAACAACAUGGGCGUGCUCUACUUCGAGAAAGGGGAACACGCCCUCGCUCUAGGCGCGUACACCGAGUCUCUCGGCCCAGGCCCUUGGUUUGACCUGCUCAACGCUCAAGCGGCCCGGGGGGUCGAAGAGGGAUCCCUCGAGAACGGCGAGGUGGCGCCAGAUGGCGCGCUGACGUUGGACGACGUGGAGCACGUGGACUUGCCUGCGGACAAGGUCACGACGGUGUAUAACCUGGCGCGAGUGUUUGAGCGGGUGCACGAGACAGGGAAAGCAGAGACGCUGUACCGAUUCCUGCUCAAGAAGAUUCCCCAGUACAGCGACUGCCUCCUCCGGUUGGCAGCCAUCGCCCAAAAUCGGAAGGAUUACGUCGGCGCUCUGAAGCUGAUCGACGAGGCGGUGCAGUUGGACGGCCGCAACCACGACGCGCUGUGCAUGCGCGGGAGCCUGGAGCUGCAGCGCGGCGAGUGGGGGAAGGCCAAGGAGACGUUUAAGGCCAUCCAGGCGGCCGAGAACAAUGACGACACCUACUCGGCGCUUGCGCUGGCCAACUGGUACCUGUAUGCUGCGGAGCGGGAUGAGAAGGACAAGGACCCCAAAAUCGAGGCGGAGCUCCUUGGCAAGGCCAAGACCUCGUACCUCAAGAUUCUGCAGCAGCAGCCGAGCAACACGUACGCGGCACACGGGCUGGGGUGUGUGCUGGCGGAGCAGGGGCGGUUCGAGCAGGCGAAGGAGGUGUUCGACCAGGUGCGCGAGGCGGCGGCUGCUAACAGCACCUUCGAGAUGCCGGACGUGUGGGUCAACUCGGCGCACGUGCUGCUGGCGCAGGGACACUUCCAGAACGCCGUCAAGCUGUACCAGCAGGCCCUAAAGCGGCAGUUCCACAACACCGACUCGUUCCUCAUGCUGUGCAUCGCAAGGGCGCACUACGAUAUGGAGGACCAGCAGGCGCUCCAGGAGUGCAAGCGCGUGCUGCUGCGCGCGAUGCACCAGAGUCCGACCAACUACGCGCUGCGCUUCAACACGGCGGUCACCAUGCAGAAGUUCGCCGUCACUGCGCUGCAAAAGAAGAAGCGGACGGCGGACGAGGUGCGGAAAGCGGUGGCGGAGCUUAAGAGCGCUCUGCGGCUCUUCUCCCAACUGAACGCUUUGGGGGGCCACCUGACGCACGGCCUCGACCGCAAAAAGGUUGCGAGCCACAUCGACUUUUGUAAGGCGACGCUGGAGCGCGCGCGCGCCCAUGUGGAGGCUGCAGAGCGAGAGGAGCAGCAGCUGCGCGUCAAAAAGGAGGCGCACGACCUGUACCUGCAGAAACAGGCCGAGGUCAAGAGGCUUGAGGAGGCGCGACGCGCAGAGGAGGAGCGCAGCCGGCGCGAGAAGGCAAUCAAGGAAGCGGAGGAGCACGAGGAGAAAUUCCGAGCCCUAAUGGCCGAGGUCAGGCCGAACCGCCCGCACGCCGACGUGGACGAGGAAGAGGGGCCGGACGGCGAGCCGCGCGCGGGCAAAAAGGAGAAGCGGAAGCGGGAGAAGAAGGAGCGGAAGAAGAGCAAGAAGCGGCGGGGGGACGAGGAGCGGAGCGAGGGCGAGGGGGGCGCCAGCGACGAGGAGCCGGAGUACCGGAGCGAAGGGGAGGACGAAGAAGACGAGAGGCGAGACAGGGAUUCCGGUUCCGACGCCGAGGAGCAGGAACGGAAGCGCCGGAAACAGGAAAAGAAGGAGCGGAAGCGGCAGCGGCGGCUGCAGCGGCAAAAGGACGAGGAUGGAGAGGAAGAGAAUGGAGCCGAACCGGCGGGAGCGGAUCUUGCAGAAGCGGAACCGGACCGGAAUGAGUUGGAGGAGGAAGACGGGGACGAGGCGAAGCAGCCCGCUAGGACCAGGAGGCCGGGGAGAAGGGUUCUCGACAACGACGAAGACGAGGAGGAAGAAGAGGAGGAAGAGCCUCCGGCGCCGGUCGAGGAAACGAACGUGGCAAGUACCGCUCCCACAGAACCCAUGGAGGAGGACGAAGACGAAGACGAAGGGGAUGAUGAGGCGGCGCGGCGAGCGCUCAUUGGAGCAGAUGAUAGUGACGAGGACUAG